AUGACCCCAGCUCGGAAUCUGUCCUUGUGCCCCUUCAACACCCAAGGCCCAGCACCUCUCCGCGUUCCUUCCUCUUCCCGGUGCCACCGGGUGCCCAUGGGGAAGAUCUCUCCCGGCUCCAAGAGUGGAGUCGCUCUCCCUCCAGUGGGCCAAGGUCCCGAGGCUUGUCAAAUGCUCACUAGAGCUCAGCUCGGCCAGGAUCCCCCACAGAGAACCGUGCUAGGGGUGUUGACUGAAAAUGAGCAGUACAGGAGGACCUGUGGCCAGGAGAUCACAACAAUUAGAUGUUUUUCUGGAUCAGAAAAUGUCUUCCCUGUGGCUGGAAAGAAAGUGCUCCCUGACCAUGGAGUCAAUGAGCCAGCCAAGCACGGAUUUGAUAUCUACAUGGAUGAGCCUGAACAGCGGGACCGGGACACCUGCCCAGGGAGAGAGGGGAUAGUAUUUGAGGACGUGUAUGAAGUAGACACAAGCAUGCUCAAGUCAGACCUCCACUUCCUGCUGGAUUUCAACACAGUUUCCCCAAUGUUGGUCGACUCCAAUGCCCAUGCCCAGUCGGAGGAAGCGACAGAUCUUGGUUCAGAUGUGAUUAAUGUAACAGAAUAUGCUGAAGAGAUUCAUCGUUACCUCCGAGAAGCUGAAGUAAGACACAGACCCAAGGCUCACUACAUGAGGAAGCAGCCAGACAUCACAGAAGGCAUGCGCGCCAUCCUGGUGGACUGGCUGGUGGAGGUUGGGGAAGAAUAUAAACUUCGCACAGAGACCCUGUACUUGGCUGUCAACUUCCUGGACAGGUUUCUUUCCUGCAUGUCUGUUCUGAGAGGGAAAUUGCAGCUUGUCGGGACAGCAGCUAUCCUCCUAGCUUCGAAAUAUGAAGAGAUAUACCCGCCAGAUGUGGAUGAGUUUGUCUACAUCACUGACGACACGUACACUAAGCGACAGCUCCUAAGGAUGGAGCAUCUGCUAUUGAAAGUUCUAGCAUUUGAUUUGACUGUUCCAACCACCAACCAGUUUCUCCUUCAGUACUUAAGGCGGCAAGGAGUGUGCAUCAGAACCGAGAACCUGGCCAAGUAUGUUGCAGAACUGAGCCUUCUUGAAGCUGACCCAUUCUUGAAAUAUCUUCCUUCCUUGGUAGCUGCAGCAGCUUACUGUCUGGCAAACUACAUUGUGAACAGGCACUUCUGGCCAGAAACGCUUGCUGCAUUUACGGGCUAUUCAUUAAGUGAAAUUGUGCCUUGCCUGAGUGAGCUGCAUAAAGCCUGCCUCAGUUUACCCCAUCGACCUCAGCAAGCAAUCAGGGAGAAGUAUAAGACUUCAAAGUACCUGCACGUGUCCCUCAUGGAGCCACCUGUAGUUCUUCCUCUGCAGUGA